ACAAACAAAAACAGACAAUAGCGUUUUGAUACUGCGUGAAAUGGCACUUAAGAGCACAUGAGAACAACCACGUGAAUUAGUCAAGUUUAGUUUGACAUUUCGAGGUUUUAACCAUGGCAGUCGAUCUGGGAUUCGUGGAAAAAUGUGAGAGUUGGCGACUCGAAAGCAGAUUCUACCCUAAUAAAGUAGGUGGCAAGCCGGCCUGGCUCGAUCUGAAAAGUAUUCUUGGUAAAGACGACUUGGAGUGCGAUUACUGUGGUGAUCCAUGUGUGUUUCUCUGCCAAAUUUAUGCACCGUACGAAGAAGACUCUAACGCAUUUCACAGAACUGUCUAUAUCUUUGUGUGCAAGAACGCCAAUUGUUGUAGACCGAAUCAGAAUGGGAACCUAAAGGUCUUCCGAUCGCAGCUAAGUAGAAUAAAUGAUUUUUAUCCGGCUGAACCACCUAUGGAACAGAAGGACUGGAGAAUGGAUAUUGAUGUAUCUCAAUGGGUAAAAACAUGCUGCGUAUGUGGAAUUUUAGCGCCUAAUCACUGUGGCAAAUGUAAAGUGGUCAAUUAUUGUUCUCGUGUACAUCAAGUGUGUGAUUGGAAGAAUGGACAUAAAGAUAUAUGUGGUACUGAAGCAAAAAAUGACAGUAGAUUCCUGUUUCCUGAGUAUGAGAUUGUGAUAGAGGAUGACAUCACUGUAAUAGAAAAUAUCAAACAGAAUGAUCCUGAUAGUGAACACAAAGAAAUUGAAAAAUACAAUGCAAUGAUACAGGAUGGCAAAGCUGGAACGUUUCAGAAUGAAGAUGUUAACAAUGAUUUACUACAGAUGGCUAACGAUGAAAAGGAUAAAAUGUUUGCAAAGUUUCGUUUAAAAAUAGAUGAUUAUCCAGAUCAGAUUUUAAGAUAUGAUAGAGGAGGAAAGGUUUUAUAUAUUUCAUCACAUGGACAAAUAACAGAUGUACCAAAAUGUCCAGAAUGCAAUGGCGAUAGACAGUUUGAAUUUCAAAUAAUGCCGCAACUAUUAAAUUUUCUCGACUUAAAAGAUGUUAUGAAAUGCCUUGAUUGGGGAAUAUUGGCCGUUUUCACAUGUAAACAAUCUUGCAUACCUAAGAAUAAGUAUAUAAAAGAAUAUAUAUGGAAGCAAGACAUUGUACAAGAAGAAAGUGAAUCGAGAAUAAAUCAGAAUAUGUGA